UUUUGCUCUCCCCGCUAUAAGAAUUUCAACCCGUUCCUCAAGACUUUUCUCUCCCAAAACACAACCACAUAACAAUUCCUUAACAAAGCUACAACGAGUUAAAUCUACUUUUACAUUAUUUGUACCAAUAUGGAUGUCUGUAGAGUAUGCUCGGAAAGUUUAACUGUCCAGCUCGACCCAGAUGAGGACCAGUUUGAAGGUGGAAGCUCUUCUCUGGGAAGCGUUCCAGACGACCUUCAGUUGAUUUGCGGGUGUCACAUGCAUUGGUAAGAAAGCAUAUAUUUUGGUUAUUCUCCAUACGACCACUUGAGAUUACCUUCCACUUGCCUUGCAUAAUAGUUCUUGUUCUUUAGUGUUCAAAACGCAUGUUUACGUCGAACAAAUUGCCUGUAUGGAAGCCAGGUCGAAGAUAGUUCUUCGAGGCGCUAUGUACCAAUUAGAUGCAGUUAUACCAUAGAGAUUUAAGAAGCAAGCAAGAGUAUGUUUCCCGAAGGAUAGCCAAGACAAACUCUGUUUGGUUUCGCUAUUGAUCCUUGAGAGACAAUCCCUUAUUUUAUGAGUCGUUCUAUGCUUUCAUUUUAGCAUGUCAAGUUUAAUUAGAUUUUGUCACAUAUUUCGUCAUUAAAAAAAGCAGAUCAAACUUACUGAUUUUGACGCAGGCAAUGUCUUUUGGAUGAGUCUUCUCAAAUUGUGAACAAGCUCAAUUGCCCGUCGUGUGAUAAGUCAAUUGCAUCUUCAAUAGCUUCAUCUUCAACAUCCGUGUCUGGAAAUCGGGUCCCCACAAGAUAUCACAACGAAGGAGGCAUUCAAGAAGACCUUGACAUAUUGCCUCUUAUUACUGAGGAAGCCUAUCUUGACGAACACCCGAAGGCACGUCCUGCUCGAGCAUUCAUGACAAUGUGUGCGGAAGGAGAUAUCUUUGGAAUCAACGACCUACUCAGUGCUGUAGAUGAUGAUGAGGAUGGAGAAGGAAUAUCGGCCAAGCCGAUCCUCCGUUAUCAGGAUCCUUUAGAUGGAAUGAAAAGUGGUUUGCACGUGGCCGUUGAAAAGGGACAGGAGGAAGUCAUCUGGCUUUUGUUGUGGCUAGCUUCAACUCUUUCAACAAACAUCUUCCCUGAACAAAUCACCCAGAUGGCAGAGACAGUGGGAGUAGGGCGAGAUACUGCCGAUGGGGAGGAUAUCCGGAAUCUUCGGGAUGCUGAAGGACGGUUGGCAAGUGAUUUGGCGAGAAGUACAGGCAAUGUUCUCUUGACAGAAUUAUUGUCGGCGAACUUGUCCUGAUGUGUUGUAUGUUGUAAAUAUAGCAAAAUGCAAUGAUAUGGAUAUAGAUGCUAUGGCCCGUUUACAGAAGUAGUAAGAUUUGGUUGCGC